AUGGCUGUCGCGGCGGCAUCUGCGUCGGACGCGCAGCCUCUCACGGCAGACGCGACGGCGGCAGACGGCCCGGCGGAAGGCGCGCACUCGCCUGGCGCGCUUGAGAGGAGCAACGCGGAAGGGGAAGUGAAAGAUGUUAGGGGCGAGAACGGCGCGAGGGCGGAAAAUAUGCAAGCUGGGAUUGUCAGGAGAAGAGAGAAGGGCGGUGGGAAGAUCACCUCGGAAAGGAAGGGGAAGUCGCCGCGAAGGGGCAGGAUGACAGGGAAAAGGACAGAGUCAGUUCCAGGUUCGGCAGGAGGGGAGGCCCGAGCCUCCACUCUAGCUGCUGCGUUUCCCGCCCGUUCCCCUGCUCCUGGCAUUUCAUACAGCUCAUCCCACCUCCAGUCCUCCACUCCGUCGUAUAGGCUUCAGUCCUUUAUUCCUGCUGCGGGCGCGGAGUCAUCAGCAGCAGCAUCAGGUGCAUCACAGGGCAUGUGUGGACUAUCCGGGGAGCAUGCGCUGCGCAGUGCUCUUGUAUCCGCUAUUGUGAGCAGGAUAGAGCAGAUGGUGGGGCAAGGGCAGACACAGGCUCAGGCUCAGCUGCUAUCCCAGCUGCAGGCCGCACAGGCCCUGCUUGGUCAAGGAGAAAUCAACGCAGGAGCAGAGCUGCAGAUGAAGACGCUUGCGCGUGACCUCUGUCCUCGCGAGUCGCCUUCCCGAUCGCACGCUCCCUGUCGUCCGUUCCGCCGGAUCCCCCGCUUUCCACUCUCGCCGUUCCGCUCCGCUUCCGCUCGCCGUGUAUUCGCGCUCUACUUCCGUCCCGCCGGUCGCUCUUGUAUCGAAUCGUCACCCAUGGCUGCUCGCUCCAGCUCCCGCCUCAUCGCGCUCGCCGGCAGGGCGGUGUCCGCAAGGCUCGCCCCUGCUGCGCCCGCAUCCGCGCUACUCGCGGGGAAUGUCGCCCGCGGAUUCGCUACUGCAGCUCCCGCUGAAGAGGAUGUGGUGAAGGCGGCGUUUAUCAAGCAGCAGGCAUCCUUCCGGUCGUAUCUGGAAGGUCUCAAGAAGGUUUCCAUCCCCAUGGACGCUGCUGACGACAAGGCCACCAAGGCGUAUGCUGCAGCCGUGAAGAACAUCCGCGAGAGCCUGGGCAUUCCUUCCUUCUCUGAGAAGCUCUCCAACCUGCUCGAGUCAGCAGAGGAGGACUCGCGGGACGUGCGCAGCUUCCUGGAAGAAUCCCGGAUCAUCCGCAGGCAGUUGGGAGUGGAGGACAAGCUGGGCGCGGAGAAGCUCAUGUUUGCAGCACUUGACAGCGUUGAGAAGAAGCUGGGGAAGGCGCUGGUGGGCGAUGAUGUGAAGGGCAUGGCGAUGUUUCAGGAGGAGGUCAAUGCUAUUAACAAGAAGCUGGGGUUGAAGGACGGCGACUUGGAGCCGUUGGAGCAGCAGCUGGAGACGAGCAUGGCCAAGACUGACAUUGCUGCCUUUGCCAGCGAAGCAGCACAGAAGAUUGGCACGUACCAGAAGAGGGACGGCUUGGAGGACAUCCAGCGCAACCGCAGACGCCGAAGGACCAGCUGCAGAUCUGCCGGCAGUACAACAACGAGAGCUGCUGCACGAACGAGCAAAAGUCGACCUGAAUACCAACCUCCUCGCUUCCCGCUCCCUGUUAUCGCUCCCCCGCUCGCUCCCUUCCCUGCAGCGCAACCGCAGACGCCCAAGGACCAGCUGCAGAUCUGCCGGCAGUACAACAACGAGAGCUGCUGCACGAACGCGCGGAACGUGAAGAUCGCGGAGAAUCUGCUCAAGUACAGCACCGCCAUGGGCAACAACCCCGGCGCCAAGAACUGCCUCCGCGCGCUGGAACGCGUGCUGUGCGCCGAGUGCGACCCCUACGCGUCGCAGGUGUACCGUCGCGACCACACAGGCCGCUACGCCGACGUGCCGUACCUCUGCACGGCCCAGUCCAACCGCGACCCUGUUGAGACGCAGCCCUUCUGCUCCACUGUCUGGGACGUCUGCGGCAUGGUUGGCAUGCCUUACAACCCUUUCGUUGCAACCAAUGACCCGCGCUUCAUCUCGCUUUAUGAUGUGUACUUAACUAAGGGCGAGUUUUGCCGCCAGUUCAUGCCGCCGAAUAAGAACCCCGGCGACGGGCCGAAGGUUUGCUACCGGGGUAAACCGGUGGAUUACCCGGAUGAGUUGGGGGAGGAUGUGUUGCCGCCCGUGAAUAACAUGUGUGUGGAGCAGAUUGGGUUGAGUACGAAGAAUGAUAAGAGCGAGGAGAAUAGUUACUAUGUGGCCAUGACCCCGCAUCCGGACCAAUCGCGGCGCGCGUUUUUCCUGGAGCGGGCGGGCAGGUUGUUUCUUUACAAUCUGCCCGAGCCGGGGUCGUCGGACCAGCUUCCUUUGGAUGGGGACUCACCGUUUCUCGACAUCAGUGGCUUGGUGGCACAGGGGGGGGAGCAGGGGGCAGUUGGUAUUGCCUUUCACCCGGACUACCCCAGCAACGGCCGUCUCUUCGUGUCCUUCACUUGCGACUCCUCAGUCAACUCUGACUGCAAGGCUGCUGUGUGCGGCUGCUACGAUGCUGUGGACUGCACGGCCGACAAGGUUAAGGCGGCCAAUCCGGACGGCCGCUGGGGCACCGGGGACCUGUGCAGAAACGUGACUGUGGUGGCAGAGUUCUCUGCGUGCAGUGACACCAUCUGCACGCCUGCUAAGAUCUCCCAGCAAGCGAGCAUCUCUGCCACGAUAGUGCGCUACAUAGUGCGGCUGGGGCAGCCUUUCAUCAACAACAACGGCGGCCAGAUCCGAUUUGGCGCGGAUGGCAUGCUCUACGUCAUGCUGGGGGAUGGGGGGGGCGAGCUGGACCCCCUGGGCCUGGCACAGAACCCCAAGGCGUUUCACGGGAAGGUGUUGAGGCUGGACGUGCUUAAUGGGAUCAGCCAACCAGGCGAGGAUGAGAUUAGGAGCAGGGGCCUGCUGGGGGCGUACGGCAUUCCCCCGGACAACCCGCACGCCCUCGACUGGGACUGGCGCGGGGAGGUGUUUGCGCUGGGCUUCCACGACCCCUGGAAGUGCACCUUCGACCUGCUCAGGCCCUCCGUUAUGAUGUGUGGAGACGUGGGAUGGACCAAGUGGGAGGAGGUAGAUGUGGUAACCAGCGGCGGUAACUACGGGUGGAAGUGGUACGAGGGUCGGGAGUUUGCCAAUGCUAGCGAGCAGCGGCCCGUGCCGAACCAGAAGCUGCCGUCGUUUCAAUACGUGUGGAGCAACACCAGCAGCGUGGUUGGGGGGUUCUAUGCAAGAGGAUUCGAGGACGCGUGCUUAUAUGGAAGGUACCUAUUCAGUGACAGGAACAACCAAUUCUACGUGGCUACAGAGAAUCCCCCUUAUAGCGGCCAUUUCCCCCUCGGUUCGCAACCGCUCAACCCGGAGGUGGAGGUUCGGGAGGAGCAGGCUCGGGAUCCAUGCCUCCCACCACAGCUGGCAACAGCAGCAGUAGCAGCAGUGGUGGCACCCCCAGCAGCAGCAGCACUCCCAGCAGCAGCAGCAGUAGCAGCAGCAGCAGCAGCAGCAGUAGCAGCACAACCACAAGGAUACCGCGAGGGCAAGAGGAAAGACGAGGCGUUUCUGGAAUUCCAAAUGGCAGACAUGCAACAGCCGCUGCAAGGGGAGGGGGACGAAGAUGCUUUUUACGACGAAGAAGGGAAUUAUAUUGGGCCGGACGGGGAGGAGGAUGAGGUGUACGAUCCGAACGCGGUGCAUGACGACGAUGGUACUGGGACGUACUAUAAUGAGGAUGGGGAUGAGAUGGGGCACCAUGGGGAUGGGGAUACAGUGGUGGAUGAUGGAGCGACGGAGUAUGGUCCGAGGAGUGUGCAUAGUGGGUAUGCUGGAGAGGGGGGCUAUGCUGAGAGUGAGGUAGGGUCUGAGUAUCCAGGGCAGGGGCAUGGGGGGUAUCAGGGAGGUGGGGUGAGGGGGGAUGGGAUGUCUGAUGUUCAAUCGGAGUAUACGGCGCAAGAUGAUUGGACGGAUGGAGGCUCUUACUAUGAUCGCCGCUGA